AUGAAUUCUAUGGACUUCGGACAAGGCUGCCUAAUUCCUGUACAUCGUCAUGGUGCACGUUCAGCCUCUUCCUCUCCGGCACCCCUGCUUGGGCAUCCUGGCUCUUCAUUGUCGCUGGGACAGCCCGUCCCUCUUGGUCCUGGGGUUAGCUUGGCUCGUACCAGCAUUCCUUGCACUCUUGUCAGUAACCCCCACACAUACCAACAGAGACAACCCACUUCACAACACCUUGCUCAGCGUUGUCCCCGACAUUUAAGCCACAUUCAUGACCAUCAGCAUCAACAGCUAGUUUGGUGCUCGAACCAAACGUAUUUACCUCAUUAUCUGCUUCCUCCUGGAAUAUCUGGAGCUCGUGCCCAAUCCAUGCUCCAGACUACAGACCCCCUCUGGCAAGUGACACAGGCACCGCCCCCUAUACCUCCACGGACACACAAAAUCAGUGCCAGCUCACCUGGACCGGACCUAGCCUCUGGCCAACUAGCCACCUUGACAGCCCAAUGUCUUGUCACCAGCCCACCUACCGACAGAUCUGCUAUUGAUAAUGCUACCGCGUCAGUUUGUCCUCAUUCAGUCUCACUAUCUUCAGCCUCAUCCUCAUCUUCCUCCUCUUUGACCUCUCACUCCGGCGCUACUUUCGAACCUAGUGGUCAACACCAGCGACAACAUCGGUCAUAUCUUCAUCCCCAUCCAUUACAACCUCGGCACACUCUCCAGUCCCAGCAACAACACCUUUGUUCCUUAUCUCCUGUCUCUGCCCCUUAUUCCUUCCACCUUUGCCACCCGGCUUCUCAGUUCACAUCUGAACAGACACAGAUCACCGAUUCCCAGGAAGCCAUUCGUUCCAGCGGGCCGGAUUGCCAAAAUGAUCCCGCCCCUGACCUAAAUACGGACCAAAACCAAAAGCAACCUUCCUCUAUCGCCAGGUCGGUCUCAGGCCAACAUCAAUUAUUGCAAUCGGUUCUGCCAGGAGGGUCAAAUCAGGCUACUGAAGUAUUCCACGUGGCUGGUCCCAAUGAUACAAAAGAGAAAGAGCCUUCCAUUGAGAGUUUGGUUCCUGAUGCAAUUAGUACGUGUCCACAACUUUCAUUUUCUUUUCACAGCGACCAGUCUGACCAUAUCAUUCCCGAAACCCCUUCGCCCUUGUCGGAGAGUGGUUUACUUAAGCCUCUUGGACUUAUCGCCGCUCAGUUCAUCCCCUCACAAUUUACCAAUAUACCAGUCAAUGCUAUCACUAUAGCCACCACCAUGAGCAGUGCACUCACUUCAGCUACACUUACUUCGGACGACCUUAUCGUGCCGUCAGACGAACAUUUUUCUGGUGCCGCCACCCAUCUACAGACACAGUGUGGGAUUGCUCCCCAUCUGGAAGCGUCUGUUUCAGCCGACCUUGUGACUCGGCAACAUUCGCCCCCCUCUCGCCCUCUCUGCUUUCAUUCGAGACAGCAGCAGCAACUUGCUUACAACCACCCCUGCGAAGAGUGUCCGAGUUUUCAGCAUCAGCCAUUCAUUCAUAACUCGGUUAAUCAUUCACAUCAAAAUCGCCAACAACAGCAACAGCUACCUCAGCAUCGUCAUCAUCGGCCUCAGCCUCAGCCAAUUUGCUCCACCUCAUCUGCGAAUUCGGCCCCUUUAUCGCCUUCUGAUCCUGCAAAUAGUGAGGCAUUUUGUUCUGUUUUACACACUUUUGAUUAG